AUGAGUAAAAUAUUUACUUCUUCAAUUCUGUCACCCAAGGGUUCUUCAGACAAAUUUUGUUUAAUUAUACUUAAUCAACCUAUUAAGCAUGUUCAUUUGUUUGAACGUGUCUGGGCUAAUGCAACUAUACGACUCUGUGCUGACGGUGGUUCUAACAGACUCUAUGAUGCCUUUGAGAAUUCGCCCGAAAAGCGGAACCUGUAUCUCCCGGAUGAGAUUAUAGGGGAUUUGGACUCUAUUAGAUCUAAUGGAGUAAAGGUGACUCAAGUGAAGGAUCAAGAAUCAAAUGAUUUUUUAAAAUGUAUAGCUCUGAUGGAAGAAAAGGAGAUUGCGUUGGGUAUCAAAGACCUAGAUGUGGUGGCUGUGUCGGCUAUUGGAGGUCGUUUUGACCAAACUAUUGCAAGUAUAAAUACAUUAUUUCUUAUGAACCACAAAUCAGACAGAAAGUUCAUCCUUAUGAGCGAUGAGAACAUCACGAUACUGUUAGACAAGGGAGUCCAUUACUUACAAUGUUCAGAGUAUGAAGGUCCCACCUGUGGUAUCAUGCCUAUCGGUGCCCCUGCAACACUUACAACAGAAGGUCUGAAAUGGAACCUCGACAACACUCUAUGCUGCUUUGGUGGAAUGGUCAGUACUUCCAAUGUUAUUACCGCCGAAUAUGUAACAAUCAAGACAGACUCGCCUGUAGUCUGGACAUCUGAGAUAAGGCCUGAGAGAAUAGAAAAGCAAUUGUAUGCAAAUACAAAAAGCUACAAUUAA